AUGGGGGAGACAACAGCUUUCGAGGGCCCUCAACCGGAGCCAUUGACCAAUGAUUCAGACACAAAUCGGGUCGCAGAUAUAUCAGCUGCGGCUGCAGGACCAGAGGCUGAAACUGAACCGAAGAGCACGUCUGCACAGAAGGCCCCUAAGAAACGCACCAAAACAGGUUGUCUUACUUGUCGACAACGUCGCAUUAAGUGCGGAGAAGAAAAGCCCAUAUGCAACAAUUGUAUCAAAUCAAAACGAGAAUGCAAGGGCUAUAUUCAGCGUGUCAUAUUCAAAAAUCCCAUCGGCAUAUUCGGAGCUUAUAACACUAACCAAGCUCUCAAUGCCCCGAUGCAGCCAACGCCCUCGGGAGCCCCGCUUCCAACUGGAUAUUACAAUCAGGAGCUCUCUCAGCUGAGACAGGCUGGCACCAAUAGGCCGUUGUUGGCACCGAGGCCGUUCCCACUAGCAGCCACGGGACAGUCUACUUUUACCGCAACUGGUAGUGCAGGAGUACAAGAAGCUUAUAUGGAUGCGUUGCGACCUCGACCGCAGCAGUAUGAAGCACCUCUUGCCUCCGUUCCCAACGCACCCGGAUCUGUAGGGGCUCCAACAUUGCCGUUUGACUUUCCGCGGCAGCAGCCGGAUAUAAAAAGUCAAGACCAUUCUCGACAUGGAAUGGGCGCGCCAACUUACAAUGUCAUUUCAGCAGCAGAUCAGCGGUUUCCGCCUCAGCAGGCUUCAACGUGGCCGGAACCUCCAGUGCCGGUCAUGAAUCCGCAAGGGAUGUCGAUGGACCCUACCGUAGCAUUCGUAACUGCACAAAUUCCUCAGAAGUUGUAUCAAGCUGACCCAGCAACCACAACCGCGUUCCCUUCCGGUACGCGACAGGAACAACAAGCAGUGCAUGAAUCUAUGGCCAUCCCGCUGAUGACAUCUUCAAACGAAUUCACCUACGUGGACGACGAAAGUGAAGAAUACUAUGAUGUUGAAUCUGAUGAAGAAAUGGAGCUGCAAACAUCGGCCGAAGACUUCAACCAACUCAGCCUCAUUGUGGCCUCUGCAAAUCAAGAUGAACGGCAGCUGCGGUCUUUCACCACCUACCUGAACGAACCCAACAUGCUUGCUUCUUAUCGCCCUACGCUUGGCUCAUCUCCCUUGAAUAACCCCAAAACAGCUCGAAUAUUCGUUCACUUUAUCCAUUCAACCGGUCCAUCUUUAUCAAUCUUCGAGCGACAUCCUGCAGAUUCCGCACACACGCUUGGCUCACCUGUGCCAGCAGCUCAGCAAGGCCUAUGGACACAUACAAUGCCUCUCAAGGCAUUAGAGCACCAAGCAUUGCUUCAAGCCAUUCUGGCUCUCAGCAGCUUACAUAUCUCGUAUCUGCAGCAAGCGCCCCCGACUGUUUCGUUGAAGCACUAUCACUAUGCGCUCAAAAGAGUCGGUUAUGCAGUGGGUCUGCCCCAAAGGCGCAAACAGGUUGGCACUCUGGCUGCCACACUCCUGUUGGCAUAUUACGAAGUGAUGACCGCCGAGCAUUCGAAGUGGAACAGCCAUGUCGCAGGAUCGGCCCAGUUGGUACGUGAGAUUGACUUUGCCACUCUCACCCGUGAUAUUCGAUCUCAUCGGCGGAGGGUGUGGGCUCAACGGCAGCGAAUGUUGGAAGCCCAAUCGGCUUAUGCGGCUUACUAUGCGUUCGACGAAGGGUUUUUGGAGGAUGACCCGUUCGCUGAGAAAGAGAGCAGCAUUGAUGAGAACUUCAUAGGAUCUCUUCUAGGUCGAGCGGUCAAUUAUGAUCAGUUUGGCCAGAUAGAUGAUGGGCGUAUUCGCUCGCGCGAAAGACAUUUCACCCGGAAAGACAUUGAGACCUACAGAAUCCAAUGUGAUCUCUAUUGGUGGUACUGCAAACAAGACAUGAUCCAGGCUUUCAUCGGGGGCGGCGGACUUAUACUACCUUUUUCCCGUUGGGGCCAGUGCCCACCGCGCGCCGGUAUUGGUCGAUUGGAUGCUGUCUAUGGCUCAGCGGACCAUCUAUGGCUACUGCUCGCCCGGCUCACUGAUUUCGGUUACCGUGACAGAAAACGAAAGUUGCAUGUAGCUAAAGCCACUGGCCAAGACUGGAGACCAGGUCCUGGUCUUCACAAAUUCAUGGCUCGCUUUGCCAAGGGCGGUGCGAACGUACCAAGAGGGCCUCCUCCGGGAUCUGUACAGAACCGUGGGCCUGAACCUAACCGCCAGUCGCCCGUGGGUGGUCCCAGUGCAGGGAGAGGAAAUUCACCUCCCAUGUAUGGCAUGGUCCCACCGAGAGGACCGACACGCCUCCCUUCGGCGUUUGCUAGCACGGCACAUCGAAGUCCGUCGCCCGGUCAGGAUGAAGAUGGAGAUGCCAUGUCAUAUGAAGAUGCUGAGAGCGAAUGGGAAGAUAUUCGGGCUGCAUUUGAUACUUUUGCCGGUGCCCUCGGUCCUGAUUUCCUUCCUCUGCCAGCUGACACUAUCCCUCCUAUAUCGACCCCAUUCGGCCCAGCGCUGCAGUACCGCACGCAUACGGUUGCGGUGGUGUGGGGAUUUUACUAUGCAGGUCGAAUUCUAUUACACAGACUGCAUCCAUCAAUGCCACCCGCUAUGAUGGUCGCUGCAGGAGUGGCAGCGCCUACAACGGCUGAAUACGCUCAGAUUGUCGGAAAGAUGGCCGCUGGUAUAUAUUUCCCCCAGUGGUUCAACGUGGAGGCGGGGAAAUUGAGCCCUACCUUGGGGGCCUGCUUGAUUGAGAUGACUGUGCCUAUCUUCUUUGCAGCCGUUCAGUUCGUUGACGCUGCCCAGCGCGGCUGGACUAUUUCGAAGCUACGCGAUGUCUCACGCUUGACCGGCUGGAAAUCGUCUGAGGCUAUAGCCCUUGGCUGCGAAAAUGCAUGGACCGUCACCGCAAGGCAGGGGCGCGGCCCUCCGUAUGAGCGUACACAAGAGAAUCUCCGCCAACGACCCGAGGCGGACCCUUCACCCGAGGAAGCCAUUGAUGAAGAACACCAUGCAGAUGUCAACACAGAGCGGAGACUCGUUACUAUUAGUAAAUCGAUGCAUGUUCACUGGGCAAUGGGGCUCCUGAGCCUGGAAGACGAUGUUCUGAACUUGGAAACAGACGACCGGAGAUAA